CCGCUUUCCAAACUUUAGCUUGUGUACGCGGCACGAAAAGCGAGAGAAUGAGCGCCGUUCGGACUGUUGAGGGCCCGGGAUGUGUGACCUGGUGGGGAUUCGGACCAGCACGAGACCUCCUGAGCUCAGACACACACAGAGUGAGGCCGCAUGGAGAGCUGAAUAUUUUGCUGGUGGGCAGUGCAGAUCCUAGAAACAUACUGAAGACCAUCACUGGACUGACAGACUCAGACACACUACAUGUUUGGGUGAUUGAGAACAGCAUGGAGGUGGUUGCCAGACAGCUAGUACUACUUUAUUUAUCACUUCUGACCCCUGAGAACAUGAGUUUACACAAGAAGACAGAAGUGUUUCUGGAGGUGUUUGGAAACUCUGAGAUUCGCAAAGAGACAGAAGAAACGUUAAAACACGCCGCAGCUCAACUCUCUCUGUCUAUCACAAACACUCUGUUCUCGGACUCGCACACCCAUCCUUGCCUUGAUACAAGCCUUCUGAAGUUUAAGGAGAGAGAUGAGUUGGUCCGGAUCUUUAAACUGUGGGAACGGCCGCCAUCAGUUCCAGCAAGUGUACGUAAGGUCUGGGAUGCCCGUGUUCGGCAGCACCUGGGGACUCGCUAUGACUCACGGCAGGGCUGUUUCGACUGGGAUCUCGCUAUGAAACUGCACCAGAGCGGCUGUGGUGUCAUUAGCAAACAUCAGUAUGUGAAAUGGAGGGAAAGCGGUGUGGCUUUUGAGAUGAGAGAGGGGCUCUACCAAACAGCCAAUCAGAGUCUGCUCUCCACGCGAGUGUUCAAUCAUAGACGAGAUCGGGUUGCUGUUAGAGGCUAUUGGGGCGACAUCGUCUCCAGUCCAUAUCUGUCCUUCGGCAUAGAGACAGAAAACAAAGAUCUGCUGAAGAAACAGAACAACCAACAUGUGAAGACGGCUCAGGAUAUUUCAGAAGUGAACGUCCUGGCAUUAUUUGAAUGUCUUUCCACUAGAGGGAGCUCUUUACUGAAUGAAUAUGAACCAAACCCUUCAACUUCCUGCAGUCAAUCCACAGACAGUCUCAUAACAGAAGAGAAGAUACAGAAUGAUCCACCUGCUUCUCAAACUCACACAGAACCUGAGCAACAUCCAGCAGAACAACAGACACAAGUGCUUGAUUUGCUCAGUGUGGAUGGAGUGAAAGUGACAUUUCUGUCUCCAGACUCGCUCAAAAAACUUCCUCUCAAAAAGAAAUACAGGAACUUGUUUAAAACCAUCUACUGUUCAGCCAGUAUGGUUCAUCAGCUGGAUUCUUCUCUGAGAGAGAUCACAGCACCUGAUGCUGCUCUGGUAAUAGAGUUAGCAAACUUCCUGUUGGACCUUUCAAAAGAGCAAGUGUCAGGUUUUGCUGACAAAGUGAACGAGAUUGCUGAAGAAUCAGGAUUCACAGUAACGCAUUACCAAAGCAGUGACGUAUAUGCAGUAUUCACACGGAAACAAAACUGAAGGACUCUGACACGGAGAUAUUAUACCAACAAACAUCAUUAUAAAACCACAAACACUUGUGUGCUUGAACAAUUUUAAUAAAAAAAAUGGCCUGUUGUCUCUUCUUUUUCAUUCACAUACAAAAUGUCAAGGAAUUACAGAUUGCCAGAGUAAGAGAGAAAGUGUAAAGCUCUGCGGUGUACAGAUAGUCUGAAACCAAAGAAAAUCAGAGAAACAGUCAGGCAGAUACAGAAUACAGUACUGACCCGGGAGAAAAGAGAGAUUGAUCGCUGGAUGAUUCAACAUUCAUCAGACAGAUGAGGUAAAACACUGCCGCUCCAGACUAAUAUCAGCACUACACAAACGCUUGCAUUGCUACUGUUCUCAGUUUCAAGUUAAUUAUUAGAAUAGUGACAAUAAUAAUAUAAUAAGAACAAUAAUAAAAUUCUUCAGUAAGGUUUAAACUCAAACAGUGUAAGCAGUGUUAGGCAGUACAGAAAAAUGACAAGAACUUUUUGAAGUAUAUAUAUAUAUAUAUAUAUAUAUAUAUAAUAUUUCCACAAUGACCUUAUCUAGUUGUGCAAAUGAGAUCUUGUGCACUUGAAAGGCAACUUUAUAUUGUUUAAAGUGCCAAAUAUGAGGGCGUACAGAGACAAUAAAGAGUAGAGCUGCCAACAGAUUGCAAAGACAAAACGGAAAAACUACAAGGAAGUUUAGAAGCCCUUGCUCUCAGUCCAGCCAAGUGACGCAAAGGGCCUACAGAAACAACACAUCCUCGUGAAAUACAGCAUUAAUGCAGACUGUACAGUGAUUGUACAUUUUUGAUGUUGAUGAGCAUCUCAUUAAUUCACCUGUGAAAUCAGUCACCACCUUCAUGUCCUACGCAAAAUGUAAUCGUUUUUGUUAGGUUAUGUCUAAUGCAGCAAUUGUUCAAUCAUAUAGUGGUUACAAUAGUAUAGUUACAGGAAUAUAUCCUGCCUCUCAACUCUAAUCUGUCUAUUUAUUUAUUUAUAUUAUAAUACCUCAUGUUUUCUUUUAAUUAUUCUG